AUGGCAAUCCACGUUAAAGGACAGUUGCCCAACGCUCACUUCCACAAGGACUGGCAACGUUAUGUUAAGACCUGGUUUGACCAACCUGGUCGUAAGUUGCAUCGUCGUCAAGCUCGCCAAACCAAGGCUGCUAAGAUUGCUCCUCGUCCCGUUGAGGCUCUUCGUCCUGCCGUUAAGCCACCCACUAUUCGUUACAACAUGAAGAUUCGUGCUGGCCGUGGUUUCACUCUUGAAGAACUCAAGGCUGCUGGUGUUUCUCGUCGUGUCGCUCCUACCAUCGGUAUCCCCGUCGACCACCGUCGUCGCAACCGUUCUGAGGAGUCUUUACAACGUAACGUCGAGCGUCUUAAGGCUUACCUUGCCCACUUGAUUGUCUUCCCUCGUAAGGCUGGUCAACCCAAGAAGGGUGAUGCUACCGAUGUUUCCGGUGCCAAGCAAGCUGAUGCUAGCGUUGUCUUCCCCAUCACUCAAGAAGCUGUUGAGGAAGCCAAGCCCAUCACCGAAGACGCUAAGAAGUUCCAAGCUUUCAACACUCUCACCAACGAGCGUGCUCAUGCUCGUCACCUCGGUGCUCGCAUUGCCUACGCCAAGAAGCGUGCUGAAGAGGCUGAGGCUAAGAAGAAGUAA